UAGCGCCUCAGGUGGAUGAUCCCACAACUAACAACAGCACCACCACGGCAGCGCCUCAGGUGGACGAUCAUACAGCUACAACAGCACCACCAUGGCAGCACUCAGGUGGACAAUCCCACAGCUAACAACAGCACCACCAUGGUAGCGCCUCAGGUGGAUGAUCCCACAACUAACAACAGCACCACCACGGCAGCGCCUCAGGUGGACGAUCAUACAGCUACAACAGCACCACCAAGGCAACGCCUCAGGUGGACGAUCAUACAGCUACAACAGCACCACCACGGCAGCGCCUCAGGUGGACGGUCAUACAGCUACAACAGCACCACCACGGCAGCGCCUCAGGUGGAUGAUCCCACAGCUAACAACAGCACCACCACGGCAGCGCCUCAGGUGGAUGAUCCCACAGCUAACAACAGCACCACCACGGCAGCGCCUCAGGUGGACGAUCAUACAGCUAACAACAGCACCACCACGGCAGUGCCUCAGGUGGACGAUCAUACAGCUAACAACAGCACCACCACGGCAGCGCCUCAGGUCGACGAUCCCACAGCUAACAACAGCACCACCACGGCAGCGCCUCAGGUGGACGAUCCCACAGCUAACAACAGCACCACCACGGCAGUGCCUCAGGUGGAUGAUCAUACAGCUAACAACAGCAACACCACAGCAACGCCUCAGGUGGACGAUCCCACAGCUAACAACAGCACCACCACGCCAGCGCCUCAGGUGGACGAUCAUACAGCUAACAACAUCACCACCACGGCAGCGCCUCAGGUGGACGAUCAUACAGCUAACAACAGCACCACCACGGCAGCGCCUCAGGUGGACGAUCAUACAGCUAACAACAGCACCACCACGGCAGCGCCUCAGGUGGACGAUCCCACAGCUAACAACAUCACCACCACGGCAGCGCCUCAGGUGGACGAUCAUACAGCUAAUAACAGCACCACCACGGCAGCGCCUCAGGUGUACGAUCCCACAGCUAACAGCAGCACCACCACGGCAGCACCUCAGGUGGACAAUCAUACAGCUAACAACAGCACCACCACGGCAGCGCCUCAGGUGGACGAUCAUACAGCUAACAACAGCACCACCAUGGCAGCGCCUCAGGUGGACGAUCCCACAGCUAACAACAGCACCACCACGGCAGCGCCUCAGGUGGACGAUCCCACAGCUAACAACAGCACCACCACGGCAGCGCCUCAGGUGGACGAUCCCACAGCUAACAACAGCACCACCACGGCAGCAUCUCAGGUGGACGAUCCCACAGCUAACAACAUCACCACCACGGCAGCGCCUCAGGUGGACGAUCAUACAGCUAACAACAGCACCACCAUGGCAGCGCCUCAGGUGGACGAUCCCACAGCUAACAACAGCACCACCACGGCAGCGCCUCAGGUGGACGAUCAUACAGCUAACAACAGCACCACCACGGCAGCGCCUCAGGUGGACGAUCCCACAGCUAACAGCAGCACCACCACGGCAGCAACUCAGGUGGACGAUCCGAGAGGUAACAACAGCACCACCACACCAGUGCCUCAGGUGGAUGAUCAAACAGCUAACAACAGCACCACCACGGCAGCAUCUCAGGUGGACGAUCCCACAGCUAACAACAUCACCACCACGGCAGCGCCUCAGGUGGACGAUCAUACAGCUAACAACAGCACCACCACGGCAGCGCCUCAGGUGGACGAUCCCACAGCUAACAACAGCACCACCACGGCAGCGCCUCAGGUGGACGAUCAUACAGCUAACAACAGCACCACCACCGCAGCGCCUCAGGUGGACGAUCCCACAGCUAACAACAGCACCACCACGGCAGCACCUCAGGUGGACGAUCAUACAGCCAACAACAGCACCACCACGGCAGCGCCUCAGGUAAAUGAUCAUACAGCUAACAACAGUACCACCACAACAGCGCCUCAGGUGGACGAUCAUACAGCUGCAACAGCACCUCCAUGCAUUUACUUAAUGUUCGGCUCUUUCAUGCGGAAGGCGGGGCUUACUGCAUUGAGCGAUCUAUUGAGCAUUGCAUAUUCUAUAGUGUUUGCUCACACAGACCAACCGGUCUCCUUCAACCUACAAUUCUAUUUUCAAAACCUCUUUCCAUUCUCUCCCUCCCUCCCUUCCUGCAUCUUGCCACACACCCCACUCACAAAGAUCCUUUUUUCCCAACAUUCCUUCUUCCACCCUUCCUUCAGUCUAUACUACCCUCUCUUGACCUCUCAUUUGCACUCUCUCCCUACCUUCCCCUACCUCCCCCCAGCUCCUCUCAUCCUUGACCCCUCUCCCCCACUCAAAGACAUCCUUUCAUCCCAACAUCCUUUCUCCCACCCUUCUUUCAGCCAUUGUUAGGUGCAACUAGGGCUGCCUUUAGUCUAACUGCAGGCGCCUUCACAUCUGUCUUAAUCCGUUCAACCCUAAGUGCAAGUAUGCUUCUCCCUUUCUCACAUAUAGGGUUAAGUAGAUUUAGUUUAAUGCUUUGGUUUUACUUUACGUAAAGGGGGAAUGGAAAAUCACAAUCUCUAAGACGAUUCCUUGCUGAAGAUGCUACAAGUGAUGCUGCUGAUGUUUUGCUUUUGGGCACUUUUGUUUCUUUUGUAGUUUGGGUUUCUUUUACAAACGGUGUUAAUUUACCUUGUUAUUUGUUGCUUUUUAUCUAUUUAUUUUGCAGCUUUAUUGUUCACAUAUACUGUCUGGUUUGUGCAAUGCAUUGUACUGGGUCAAUGUAAAGUUUAUAAUCCUUCAUUUACUGUCUUGAUUUUUCUGGUGCCCUUCAGGCACUGUUGCUUGUGCCAGCUGUAUCUUGUGCCAUUAGGAGGCCUAAAUACUAGAGUCACUACAUCCAGUGUUUGUAAAUGUACCUUUUUUUUGGACUAUAAGUCGCACCUGAGUAUAAGUCGCAUCAGUCCAAAAAUACGCCAUGAUGAGGAAAAAAACAUAUAUAAGUCGCACUAGACUAUAAGUCGCAUUUAUUCAGAACCAAGAACCAAAAGAAAAACAUUACCGUCUACAGACAAGAGAGGGUGCUCUAUGCUGCUCAGUGUAGACUACAGGAGCACUGAGCAGCACCUCUGGCAGCAUAGAGCGACCUCUCGCGGCUGUAGAUGGUAAUGUUUUCUAUUAGUUCAUUUCUCUUGGUCAUUGUCAAAUCAUUUUUGCUAAAUUAGUCGCACCUGACUAUAAGUCGCAGGACCAGCCAAACUAUGAAAAAAAGUGCGACUUAUAGUCUGGAAAAUACGGUAAUCUGUUUUUUUAUUAAUUGUAAUUAUUUUGUAAUUUUUGAUUAAUGUUUCUUUUUCUUUUCUCCAGGAGCCAAUGAGAACCUUGUGUGGUGCAGGGGAGGCUAGCCACUUUUCUUUGGUGGGUUCAGACGAUCUCCUGUGGUUGCAGCCGGUCUGCCCUGUUCCCGCUAACUGCACCCACAAUCUGAAGGAUAAGCGCUCACUGAAUGUUUAUAAAAAUCUGCAGAAUUCUGUGGAAGGAAUCUUAACCUUGUAAAGUGUGUAAAGCUUAGAAUACGGUUAUUGGUAGCUGAACAGUACUAUGAUCCACAGAGUGGCCAGGGUUAAUAACCCUAAGGGGUCAUCAAAGGUGGUUUACCAAGAUGGUCCAAAGGCUUUUGCGUGAGACAUCUUCAACAACAUGCACAGAAGCUAUAUCCAUGAUGAAGCAUUCAACAGACGCACCAGUUAUUAAGUAUAAAAUGAGGACAACUCUCAAGUACAGACAGAAUUUGAUACAUGAUUCAGAUAAAUCUUCACUCAUCCUUGAUUACUUACCCAUUUUUUUGGAUACACCAGGCUUGGUAAGAAAUAUUAAAAUGUUGAUGUUAAUUGUAAAUGUAAUUUUAAUGUUUGUUAUUUACAUGAUUUAUUUGUGUGAUAGAUUGACCAAGACUUUACUUUGCUUUCUACAAGCAAAGAAGGACUGGGUGAAAAACCUGCAUCCUGGUGCAUAUGUGCAUGACUGUCAUGACCCAUCAUGACCCAUGGAAUGUACCAAGUGUCUACACUACAACCUGGGUAAAAAAAUAUGGAACUGAAUAACAAGUUGUGUUUUGAGCAGGUGCAUGCAUUCUGUACUAAGGAGGUGGGUAAUAUUUUCACUCUCAUUUGCAUGGAUGAUUUGAUAUACUAUAGACCCUAUGCAGUUUUCAUAUGCCAGUGAUGAGAGAACUUGCAGUGUUCCCUGUUGUGUUUUUGUUUCAGAUUGGAAUUAACUGCAAAUUGUGUAGCUUUUUUAAACGCAUUGAAAUGUGGUGUUUGAAUGUGAAUGUUAAAUUUGGUGUACCUCAAAGUUUUGCAAUAUUUUCUGCAAAUAUGUCCUGCCAUUUAAGCCCAACGGCAACUGUAGUUUAUGCAAGUAAACACCUAAUAAAGGAUUUCAAGAAAAAAAAAAAAAAUAAGGUAUCCACUUCCUUCCUGUCACAUGAGGCUGUCAACUUCUUAUCCCUACUUCCAGGAAGCAUGGCGAAGGCAAACCCUCCCAAAGAAAUGUAAUUUUCAUAAUACUAAUACAUUUUUAUUGUUGACAUAUAUAUCAAUAUAAUCAUGAAGGUCUCUAGAAUCAUCCAAACAAAACAAAUCUUCCAAGAGAGCUAUAGUUUUUUGUAAACUUAAUCAAUUGUCCAAGCGGCAACUAUAGUUGCCGGUGGGCAAAUAACUUGUAAGUACAUAUCAUGGGGAAAUAGGGUAGACUGUGUUAACAGGUUAAUGAAUCAAGGUUAUUGGUCUUGUUUAGUUCUUUUUCCAUUCAAUAUCCCACCUAAAACAUAACUUAACCCUUGAACUGACAUCUCUACUGUACAGUAGACCUUAAUUUAAUCGGGAAUGAAUUUGUCAAAAGGAGGAGAUGAGAGAGCAAUCUUUCCACAGCUGUACUGCCCCUCUUCUGUGUCUGCUUUUGCCAUGAGAGGAGAUUUACAGCAGCAGUUUACUAAAGCCGCGUUCAGACUGCAUGAUUUUAGCCCAGUUUUUGGCUCGCCGACAGGUUUUGAGAAAUCGCCAACAAAUGCCCGAAAUCACAGGCAAAUCUGAGCUCGUUCACGCGAGUGACAAUCACGCAGUAUGAAUGAGCAAUGACGCGAUCUGAGAGAAUCGCCGAUGAGUCACCGACGCCCGUGAGAUAUUUGGCAUGCUAAAUAUCUGGACCUGUCGGCGAUUCAAAAUCAUGCUGUCUGAAAAGUGUUCUGACUGAAAACUACAUCGGCAAUGACCGACAGCCAAUGAGAGAGCAAGAUACAGAGCAGCGGGGAGUUCGGGGAGGAGUUAUAAACCACAAUAUCAGCAAGCAUGGCUUCAUUACAGAAAAAGGCUUUCUUCUCGGUCUAUUUGGACCCAUGAAAUGGAAGAUAAAUUAGUAUAAAUUUAGCAGGAGCACCCUUGUCUGUUUGACGUUUCAUCUGAGCUAUCCCGGUCUCACGUGAAAACUCCGGUCUUGCACGUGUGAUAUCGCGUUGUUUCCUUGUCACAUCUCGCGUGUGUUUGGUUGUGAAACAUUUGCGUGCCAGACAGAGCUGUCGGCGAUUCUUCCUAUUGUAAAGUCAUGCAGUGUGAAACCUUCUGUCGCCGAUCCAUCGUGCAGUGUGAACACAGCAGUGACUGAAUGCUGGCCAAGAUAGUCAUGCAGUGUGAAAAUAAUAGUGAACCGACUACUUUGAAAAUCGUGCAGUCUGAACUCGACUUAACUCCAGUCAGUCACACAAAAGGGAGGAUGGAAAGAUAGAGCUAACACAUGGGAUUAAUUGAUGUAAAUCAUGUUUUUCACCCUUUUAUGACAUUAUGUCUCGUAGGGGACAAAGUAUUGAGGCCCCUUUAUCCAGUUUGGAUGCAUUUCAUUAUAAUUUGUCAAGGACCCUAAUUAAUUUUAUGACUAGUAGCUUAUGAUUCCACUGUAUGCUGAAAUUCAAACAAGUAAUGAAUUUACAUUAUUAUAUGAAAUCACCUAUUACAGUAAGCCACUGGAUACUAUGGGCCUAAAAAAUGUGUAAUCUUCUUUCUAGUAUACCUUUUUUAUUAUAUAGAUGUAAUAUUUUCUUAAUUCUAUUUAUUUGUAUGUAUUUAUUUACAUUUAACACAUCUGAGAAUGUAAAUACCUGCAUGUUCAAUAAUAAGUAAAUAAAUAAACAAACAAUCAUGGGUGUAGCCUACAAAUGAUACUUAUUUAAAUAAUUAUAUAUUUAAAAAAUAAUAUCAUUAAUUUCAUGAAUAUCAAGGAUGUGCUAUUCAUAGUUUCAUAGAGUUUCUUUCUUCUCUUGAGCACAAAAGAAGAUAUUUUGCAGAAUUUUGGUAACCAAACAGUUAAAUGCGUAAUUUUCUUUCAGGUAUACCCUUUUUAUUAUAUAGAUGUAAUAUUUCCAUCAUUCGAAUUAUUUUUACAUGAUACACAGUACCCUGUUGGGUCAACUUAAUGGCUGCACUUUGUUCUGCGCUAUAAUUGAAUACUAACACUGGUGUAGUGCAGAAACAACAAUGAAUAGUGUUGAAUAGGAUUAAUAAUAAUGAGUGUAGAAUUUACACACAAAGGGUGACAAAACGUUAACACUAUCAAAAGUGUAACAUUUACACCAUAUAGUGUGGACACAUAGAGACACUUUGCUGGUGUUAAAUUUGAAACUGUGGGUGUUCUUUUUACACCAGUGAUUUUGUUGUGUACAUAAGGCCCCUGGUUCUGCUAUAGCUAACUACCUUAUUUUCCGGACUAUAAGUCACACUUUUUUUUCAUAGUUUGACUGGUCCUGUGACUUAUAGUCAGGUGCGACUUAUUUAUCAAAAUUAAUUUGACAUGAACUAAGAGACCUGAACCAAGAGAAAACAUUACCGUCUACAGCCACAAGAGGGCGCUCUAUGCUGCUCAGUUCUCCUGUAGUCUACACUCAAAACAAGGAGCGCCCUCUCGCGGCUGUAGAUGGUAAUGUUUUCUCUUGGUUCUAAAUAAAUGUGACUUAUAGUCCAGUGCGACUUAUAUAUGUUUUUUUCCUCAUCAUGACGUAUUUUUGGACUGAUGCGACUUAUACUCAGGUGCGACUUAUAGUCCGAAAAAUACGGUAAUUUGCAGGUUCAUAUGUGAUACAGAUUAUAUAAUCCAUACCCCAGAACAUUGAUGGAACAUACACUUGUGUCAUGCCCCAUCUGAAAAAUUCUGAAUAAUCCAGCUUGGAUUCCGAGCUGGUCCAGGCUGGUUUAUGCUGGUUUAGUGCUGGUCUAGCUAGUGGACCAGCAUAUCCAUAUCCAGGUGUUAGUGAAGCCAGCAGAAGCCUGCAAAAAAUCUUACCACACGGACAAAUGUGUCAUCAUAUAACUCUGUAAAUAAAUACAACUUAAAUUCACGUCUCGCACACUUCAGUGCACUUAGAAUGGAACUUAUACAUUCGCUUCGAACUGGAAUCAUGAUGGAAUAUUCUGUGAUGUCCACUUCGCAGGGCACUUACAUUCGAAUAGAACAAACAUCUCAAGCGAUAAGAGAGACAUAAAAAAUGUGCAGAGCAGGGGGCGAGAGGACUGGAAUUGAGAACCAACUUUUUUUUUAUUUUCUUAUUUUGUAUGUUGUGAGCCAGAGUAAAUUGCGACGCGAAUCAAGUCUCAUGAACUUGCAGCCUUUCAUUAACUUUGAUUAGCCUGUAGAUCGAAAUGAAAGCCCCUUAAUAGAACACAAGGAAAUUAUUUAGUUUUAAUGGUUUUCAUAAUGACUGUUUAAUAACCAUAAUAUGCAGUAAGAGCCUUUGUGUAAAUUACUACUUUUUUGAUGCGUUAGGCUGCAGCCUACGACUAUCUCACGUUUUGAAAUUAACUUUCUAAAAAUGUAUUUUAAAUAGAUUUUCUAAUUAUUUUUAAGGAUGUUGUAAUGUCAUAUUAUAAUGUUAUUGUUUUAUUUCAUUAUUUGAAAUCCAUUUACAAAAUAACAUACAAUUCCAGUCAGUUUGGAUUUACUGCAAACUGAGUUACUCUGAGAUGUGAAUUUCUUGUGUGUUAAUGAAUACAGUGUCAUGCGUCACUCAGACUAAAUGUGGCAGCAUGUUGUUUAUAAUUUUAUGUAAAAACUAUUUACCUCAG